CCCUCUGACCUGGCAAGCCAUUGCAUCUCUCCCAAAUCUGGAGGGAAAUCGCCCCCUCUGACCUGGCAAGCCAUUGCAUCUCUCCCAAAUCUGGAGGGAAAUCGCCCCCUCUGACCUGGCAAGCCAUUGCAUCUCUCCCAAAUCUGGAGGGAAAUCGCCCCCUCUGACCUGGCAAGCCGUGCCGACGCCGCGCGGGCGACGAAUCCGCGCUGCGCGAAAUCGGAAGCCAACUCGGGGCUGCAACAACCACCACGACCACCACCAUCGACCACCACAACCAUCGUUAAUUAUUAUUAAGACCGUCAACAACCACCACCAAGACCGUCAACCACCACCACCACCGUCAACCCCCGUCACAGCUGGACGAUGCUUGCGUGUAGGAAGACAGUGUUGAGGCUGGGUCCAUGGGCCCGUCAGCUCCACUCCGCCUUCCAGAUAGCCGAGCUGCCGGAGACACACCAGAUGUUGCGGCAGACAUGCCGGGACUUUGCCGACAGGGAGCUGACCCCGGUCGCGAGCAGGCUGGACCGCGAGCACAGCUUCCCCGGCGAGCAGAUCAAGAAGAUGGGGGAGCUGGGGCUACUGGCCAUGGCGGUGCCCGAGCAGUACGGGGGUGCGGGGCUGGACACGCUGGCCUAUGUCAUCGCGCUGGAGGAGAUCAGCAGAGGCUGCGCGUCCACUGGUGUCAUCAUGAGUGUCAACAAUUCAUUGUUCCUCGGGCCGGUGCUGAAGUACGGCAGUGAAGCCAUCAAGGAGAAGUGGAUCCCUUCGUUCACGGACGGACAGAAAAUCGGCUGCUUCGGUUUGAGCGAGCCAGGGAACGGCAGCGACGCGGGUGCGGCCUCCACCACGGCGCGGGUGGACGGGGACUCGUGGGUCAUCAACGGCACCAAGGCGUGGAUUACCAACGCUUGGGACGCCUCCGCGACGGUCGUGUUCGCCACCACCGACAAGAGCCUCAAGCACAAGGGCAUCAGCGCGUUUGUGCUGCCUAUGCCGUGCCCUGGUCUGUCGCUGGGGAAAAAAGAGGACAAGCUGGGCAUCCGUGCAUCAUCCACCGCCAACCUCAUCUUUGAGGACUGCCGCAUCCCCCGGGACAGCAUGGUGGGAGAGCCUGGAAUGGGCUUCAAGAUUGCAAUGCAAACCCUCGACUCGGGGCGCAUCGGCAUCGCAGGCCAGGCGCUGGGCAUCGGACAGGCGGCGCUCGACUGCGCGGUGGAGUACGCCAGCAAGCGGCAGGCUUUUGGCAAAUCCAUCACCAAGCUUCAGGCCAUUCAGUUUAAGCUCUCAGAUAUGGCUCUGGCGCUGGAGAGCGCGCGACUGCUCACGUGGAGAGCCGCGAUGCUCAAGGACAACGGCAAGAACUACACGAAGGAAGCUGCCAUGGCCAAGUUGGCAGCAUCAGAGGCUGCUACCUUUAUUUCACACCAGUCCAUACAGAUCCUGGGCGGCAUGGGCUACGUGACAGACAUGCCGGCCGAGCGGCACUACCGUGACGCGCGCAUCACCGAGAUCUACGAGGGCACGAGCGAGAUCCAGCGGCUGGUCAUCGCCAACCGACUGCUCAAGGAGUACGACACGGAGUAGUAGGGGUCGGGCGGCCGACCUAGGCGCCAGCAGCCAUCGCGUUGACUUCGUCACGUGGCCUCCGCUAAACUGGCGUCCGCCCUGGCGUCGCUAGGCCUUGUGGCGGUCCUCACUGCCCCCACAUUAACCGAUCAGAAGUCUUCUUGGUUCUUUCGGUAAAGUCACGUAGAAGGAAAAUAAUAAAAAUAUAACAUAAAAUAAUUCUCACGACGUUUCGGCCACAACGCAAGCAGCCGUCUUCAGGUGGAGAACAGGUCUGUCCAGAAGGAAGAGUCAGACUCUGCCUUCUGCGUUGUGGCCGAAACGUCGUGAGAAUUAUUUUAUUAUAUUUUAUUUAAUUUUUUAUUUAUUUUCCUUCUACGUGACUUUACCGAAAGAACCAAGAAGAUGAAUCCCUGCAGUCACGAAAGCUUUAAAUCGAAAUCCGAUCAGAAGUGUUUGUAUUUUUUUAUAUUUUGUUUUACCAGGUAAGCACCAAUAAGCAAUAUAGCUCUUUUUCAGAAGUGACCUGGCCACAAUUGAUAGCUUUACAAAGUGACUUAUAAUGUGGAAAUGUAUAGAGGCCAAAUACUCUAAACACAUGUUGAUUCUAAAUGGCAAGUGAUAAACCGGAGGAGCCGGAGAAAAAUCCACACGACCAUAGGGAGAACAUGCAAACUCCAAAUAUACAGCAGCAGGCGUCAGGGUUUGGAUCGAACCCACGACCUUCUGUAUGCCAGACGGGGUAGUUAACAUCUUGCCACCGUGUUUGUGUGAGAUUUACGCCUGACUGUGCCACAGAGAUGCUGACAAGGAAGAUCAAGUACAACGUAAUGAAUGACAGCAGAAUGUAUUGGUAGCGGUGCGUUUCAAGAUGCAACGGCCAAAAUUGCUUUAUGUAAUAUAAAACAUAUCGUAAAAACAUUUUUAACACAAGAUCAUGAUGGAGGAUACAACGGCACGUACAUUUACAGCUCAGUCCACUGCUGGAUUAGAGCCUCCUGUCGUCUGUACGGGUCGUGAGAUUAUUUGACCAUAAUUCGCGCUGUUCAGUUGGGGUUUGUGGAAGGUGGGGAGCAUAGAUUUACAAUAUUGGAGUUGCACUGUCCUGUACAUGUCCACCACGUAGCCCCCACAAGCCAUACGACAACCUGCUUGCACUGCCCAGGCUCAGAGCUGCUUAUAUUCCGAGGUAUGAUAAGAUCGGGCACGUGUCGGGCGAUUUGUUUAUGGGGAUAAAACACGUCUGUGAGAAAAUCAGCGAAUAGCGCAGUUUGGUUUAAGCAAGGGGUGUUUCAUCUUCUUGGUUCUUUCGGUAAAGUCACGUACAAUGGAAAUAAUAAAAUAUAAUUAUAUUAUAUAAUUUUAUUAUGUUUUAUUUUUAUUAUUUUAUUAUUUCCAUUCUACGUGACUUUACCGAAAGAACCAAGAAGAUGAAUCCCUGCAGUCACGAAAGCUUUAAAUCAAGGGGUGUUUGAUGCAGCGGAGAGUUCAACCGCCACGCUGGACUUGCCGACAUCUCCGGCAACUGCAGCGUGACGCAACCCUCCGUGCGUGCGCCGCAGCGGCGUUUAUGAAUCUGCGCGCGUGUCGCCAGUAAAGUGCGGCGGUGCACUUCAUUUUUACGCAAGAUUUUGAGUUAUGACCCUUGGAACUUCGCCGUGCAUCUCUAGCCGCGACCGACGGUCGGGAUUUUUUCUAGCGAGUAGGACCCAAAAUGUGAAAUGAAUCAAAUGUAGAAAACAUUGGGUGAGAAAACGGCUUCACGCGAUAAAAGCAAAACCGAUUUGACGAUUUUAUGCACAAACACAAAUAUCGUCGAACGCACAAAUAUCGUUCACGCUUGACUUGUCCGAUGCUGUUUGUCAAGUCUUCCAGCUGUACUAUUCUGAACUAAAUAACAGUGCUGGUGUAUUGUAUUUUUGUUUACUAUUAAUAAACUUCGAAGUGAAACAGUUACUUCUUGAAAACAGUGCCUCGUGCGCCACUCACUAACCGAGCGCCUUUAAUUUGUUAUCCACAUCUGUUGGUCUCGUUUUUCCCCUCCCUGCUUAAGCUGAACCUCGAGCGGUUGCAACGUCUUGUACUGCACACGACUUAUUCCUCAACGAUUUGUCAGAUAUUUGAUUGUAUCCAAGAGUAUAGAACUUUAGUUAAGUAGGCUCUUAACUGGGCGUAACAUUGUUGCUUGUGUGUGUGCGCGCGUACGUGUCUGCAUGCACAGCAGCUGAAAAUCUAAAUUGGGGGUCCCGGAACUGCUUGACCCCCCCUAAAUGCAACAAGAUAUGGAUUGCACCAUAGUUAAUGCUUAGCCCCACGGUGCGUGUUGUGUAAGAACCUUUAUGAAGCCACGCGCCUCUGGGCAAUAAUGUACCAGUAAACGCACUCUUCAAAUUUAAUAGGUGUCAUCGGGGGUUUGUGCCACUCCAUAAUUGCUACCCUGGCGUGCCGUCCACGAAAUUACGAUUUACGUUUUCCGCGCUCAUGUGUUCCAUGAACCUUUGUGCCUUGUGAAUUACAGAAAGCACCCGUUGACGGUGCCCGUAUCUUUUAGUUGUUCUUGCGAUCCAGACGCAAGCGAAGCUAUAGAAAACACCAGAAACCAAUUUUCGUUUGACAACAAUGUGGGUGUAAAUGUCGAAACCACCCUUUUGAAUUGAUCACAUGAUGUCUGCCAGCAACCACUUGCAAAAAUAUAUAUAUAACGCCGUGACCGAGUGUGUUUUACUUUUCAAGUCAGUCAAAGAAGUAUACAAAUGUAAUUUACAAUUUGGGAGAUGAAGGCUUCAAAUGCUGGGUUAACCUUGGAAAAAUGUAACUUGUAAGCCAAAAGUACAAAACUAACGUCCUCAAACGAUGAACUAUAAAUCAUUGUCGUUUUAUUGCUGUGUUGUAUAUGAUUUUACUGAUAAAAAAUAUACAUAUUGUGCAUUAUAACGAUGCAUUGCGAAUUGUGUAUUUGGUUUGGGUGGUUGUACUGAAGGCGUUUGAACGUCUUUGAAAGAGAUUGCCAGCCACACCGCAUUGCGGAGUUUCCAGCAGUGAACGACUUACAGGGAAACGUAUUAUAGUUGCCCUGAAAGUAAAAUGUGAAGUCAUUAAACACGAUUCUGAAGCGUCAGUGGUAAUGUCCAAUGGGUAACAUCAUUUGUGCCUGUGUCCUGGUAUAAUACGCAUUUUAUGGCAAUAAUGACUUAAAAUUGUUCGCAUGUUAUAGCGUGCUUAUUUUAUUUCAUAUUCAGUGCACUUAAGAAUCAUUAAAUGAAUUUGACAUCUGUAUGUAUUAUAUCAUCAUACUCCGCAAAGUGUGACCUCGUGCUUAGGUGAAAAACCCACGGGCUCAUACAGGUGUGUUGUAAAGAUAUCUGCAAUAUAAAAUACUCUUAACCAUU